CCCCUCCCCGCACCCCUACCGCCGCUCUGCGGACGCGCGCAGGUGCCGGAGGCCGCGCCCGCCCAGGACUUGCGGACUCAGUCCCACCAUGGAGCACAUCCGCACGCCCAAGGUUGAAAACGUCCGCUUGGUGGAUCGAAUAUCUUCUAAAAAAGCAGCUCUCGGGACUUUGUAUUUGACCGCCACUCACGUCAUAUUUGUGGAAACGGCACCUGAUACAAGGAAAGAAACAUGGAUUCUCCACAGUCAGAUCGCCACCAUCGAGAAACAGGCAACGACGGCUACUGGGUGCCCUCUACUGAUUCGCUGCAAGAACUUUCAGCUCUUACAGCUCAUCAUCCCGCAGGAAAGGGACUGCCAUGAUGUGUACAUCUCUCUCAUCCGCCUCGCGAGGCCAGUGAAAUACGAGGAACUAUACUGCUUUUCAUUCAACCCCAAGCUGGAUAGAGAAGAAAGGGAACAAGGCUGGAUGCUGGUCAAUCUCAGCGAAGAAUACAAGCGCAUGGGCCUCCCUAAUGAUUACUGGCAGCUCAGCGAUGUGAAUAGAGAGUACAGGGUCUGUGACUCCUACCCGACCGAACUGUACGUUCCCAAGUCGGCCACGGCACACAUCAUAGUGGGGAGUUCCAAGUUCCGGAGCAGACGGCGAUUUCCUGCCCUUUCUUACUACUGUAAAGAUAACCACGCCUCCAUCUGCCGGAGCAGCCAGCCCCUGUCUGGCUUCAGCGCCCGCUGCCUGGAGGAUGAGCAGAUGCUACAGGCCAUCAGGAAGGCCAACCCGGGAAGCGACUUCCUUUAUGUCGUGGACACUCGGCCCAAGCUUAAUGCGAUGGCAAAUCGUGCUGCAGGGAAAGGCUAUGAGAACGAAGACAAUUAUUCCAAUAUCAAGUUUCAGUUUAUCGGGAUAGAGAACAUCCAUGUCAUGAGGAACAGUCUGCAGAAAAUGCUGGAAGUGUGUGAACUUAAAUCUCCCUCCAUGAGUGAUUUUCUGUGGGGACUGGAGAACUCUGGCUGGUUGAGGCACAUUAAGGCCAUCAUGGAUGCAGGAAUCUUCAUUGCAAAGGCAGUUUCAGAGGAAGGGGCCAGUGUGCUUGUUCACUGUUCUGAUGGCUGGGACAGGACCGCUCAGGUGUGCUCGGUGGCCAGCCUCCUUCUGGAACCUCACUACCGGACUCUGAAGGGCUUCAUGGUAUUAAUUGAAAAGGACUGGAUUUCCUUUGGUCAUAAGUUUACUCACAGAUACGGCAACCUAGAUGGUGAUCCCAGAGAAAUUUCUCCAGUUAUUGACCAGUUCCUUGAGUGCGUCUGGCAGUUAAUGGAACAGUUUCCCUGUGCCUUUGAGUUCAAUGAGAGGUUUUUGAUUCACAUUCAACAUCACAUCUAUUCCUGCCAGUUUGGGAACUUCCUAUGUAAUAGCCAGAAGGAGAGACAAGAACUCAAAAUUCAAGAAAGAACAUACUCUUUAUGGGCUCACCUGUGGAAAAAUCGGGUUGACUACUUGAAUCCUCUGUUUAGAGCGGAUCACAGUCAGACCCGGGGAGUCCUUCAUCUCCCCACAGCACCAUGCAACUUCAUGUACAAGUUUUGGAAUGGAAUGUAUAAUCGCUUUGAGAAGGGACUGCAGCCUCGACAGUCAGUCACAGAUUACCUCGUGGCUGUGAAGGAGGAGACUCAGCAGCUGGAAGAAGAGCUCGAGGCCCUGGAAGAAAGGCUGGAAAAAAUUCAGAAAGUGCAGUUAAAUCGCACUAAGGUGAGGAGUAAGCAGAGUGAGCCCAGCAAACACUCAGGAUUUUCUACCUCGGACAACAGCGCAGCCAACACCCCUCAGGAUUACAGCGGCAAUGUGAAGUCCUUCCCGUCCAGGAGCCCUUCCCAGGGUGAUGAGGACUCUGCUCUGAUCCUCACUCAAGACAAUCUGAAAAGUUCAGACCCAGACCUGUCCGCCAACAGUGACCAAGAGUCAGGGGUGGAGGAUCUGAGCUGCCGCUCCCCCAGUGGUGGGGAGUGUGUGCCGAGCGAGGACAGUGGCAAGGACCGGGAUUCCGACGAAGCCGUGUUUCUCACCGCCUGAGGAUCCCCCGCCAUGGAGUUCCCAAGUAAAGGACACACAAGGAACACUUUCCAAAAAUAAGGGAACAGUGCAAUCUCAAAUAAAAACAGCCCAAGAAAUGGUACGGGUCGUCGAAAAUUAUAAAAUGUAGUGAUGAAAAGGAAAAAAGUCCAACUUCGAGUUCCUUUAGGUGUUGAUGUACAGGAAACAGCCAUUUCUUUUAUCAAGCAAAUAUAAGGAAAAUUGUUCCCCAUUCUAGACUAUGGAGGUUUUAUUCACUACAGAGCAAUGACCUCUGCCAUCACCCGAGGUUAUCAAUUCACAUCUUCCUUGCCUGCAGCUGCUCAAAGUGCCCUGACCACGUUCCUGCACACUCGUCUUCAAUCUUUCCUUUUAAUUCAUUUCCAGAUGAAUAUUUUGUUUCCUCAAACAUUUGACACUUCCUUCCUUGACUCUGUUAUCAAGAUUUUUGUUAAUAGAUAUAUUUCUGUAAGAGAUGAGCUUUGUAAUUCUGCUUAAGCUUAGUGUUCAGAUUUAAUGAUCACUUUUAACUUUUCCUUAGAGAUAAUGUAUUUUGAACUGUUAUAAUAGUUUUGUUGCCUUUCCCUGGAAUUUCAUAUUUCUCCUAUUUAAAAAAUGCUAAAACUUACCACACACUUUUCUCUAAUACCAGUCUAAUACCCAAUAAAGCAGAAACAACAUUUA